CGCGAGUGGCUAAGUAGCCCGCCCUAUACACAUAUAGGAAAGUCUCGUCUUGCAAUCUUGAAUGUCCCAAGACGCUCGCAACUCAUCUGCGACGUCGAGGUAAGAGUCAAAGUGAAACGUCGGUCGAGCCUCGUAUGAUCAGGGGACCGCCUACUUUGGAUCAGACCUGUGCCGGAUGUGGCACACCCAAUCACGACUUCCUUUUGUCUCGCUCAAAAGCAAGUAACGCAAUGGCCUCAUCUUCGACGGCCGGUCAAGAUCCCCAACUCGCUGAUAUCCCUGAUCCAGAGCCAGAUAUGGAUGGAGAUGAGGAUGCAGAUGAGUUGGGCGAUGCCUCUGGUCAGAACGCCAAAGCCACCAAAGCAAAAGGGCUCUCCAGAGUACCCGCUGUUCGUGCACUGGUCGGCAAGCUCGUGCACAAUGCAAAGCUCGAAAUCUCGUCUUUGCAUGUUCACUCUCUAACCAAGACGGGCUUCUCAGCCAAGGGAAAGGCCAGGCUCUCUGCCAUUGGAACCGGCCCAUUGCCCCUCGUCAAGGUGAAGGUCAGACUACCCGAAGCAACCUCGAAGCUUUACUGGGUCGAAAACGAUGCGAGCGGAACCAUCGGCAAAAGGGCGAGCAAGGACAAGUCUGGAUCGGCCAACGCAGGUGGAGCUGGACACAUCUACAUCGCCAAUGCCCACAUCCAACCUUUCCGGAUCAAGCCCAGCGCGGCACCAGGAACGGCCACCGCAGAUCUCGAUCUGACCGUCUCUUUUCAACCAGGUGAAGAGGAGCGUGAGGGCGCAGGGCUGGCGAAAGUGAUCAAGCACAUCUUGAUCUCGCCGAUGGAUGCCAAGAUCAGACUCGUGAUGCAUGCCAAUGGCGCCGAAGUCAAGGCUUACGGAAUGCGUUUUUCUGGCUUGGAUGUGGAGAAGGAGGUCAUUGUCGGUGGACUUGGAGCACUGGGAGGGCUGCUGAGGUACGGUGCGGCUUCUCUGGAAAAUGGGCGAGCUUCAGGCGAUAUUAAGCCUGUACCGAGCGCGCUGGGUGUGCCUAGCGGGCGAAGCGAAAGCGCUAGCAGCAGCGAUCAACACACUGGCUCUUGCGACCCUGUAGGCGAGGGCGCAAAAGCCAAGAAGCGCUUCACUUGGCGAAGCUCCCUGUCGAAGAAGUCUAGUCCAGGGCCCAAUUCAUCGUUCGAUUCUCCUUCGCGCUCGUCCUCGGCGACGACUGCUCCCACGCGAGGCUCGAGCUUUAGGAGCUCUAGCAAGCCGCAAGCCGCGCGCACUGCGUCGUCUGCCAGCUCCAUGGGUUCCCCAGCCCUCGAAAUUUCAGACUUUCAAAUCGUCGGUGGUCACGAGCAGCGCGGCAUAGAAGUGGAAGCGAGUGUGACGCUCACCAAUCCGUCUGCUUCGCCAGCCAUUACGAUCGAGCCCGGCGAAUUGAGAUUCUCGCUGUGCGCUUCGGCUUUCGCACCUGGCGAAGCUCGCCCAGCUGCUGGGCAUGAGCCAGCUGCAUCGCCCGCACACUCCCUCGCAGGCUUGGUCGUUCUUGGCGAUCUAACCUUGGCGGCAACGCCUCUCAAGCCUGGUCCUAAUACUGUCAAGGCGCGUGGCUAUAUUCGAUUGCCUGCCGAGCCGAGCCAAGACGCACCACCGGGGAGCCCUUCUGCGCAAGCUUACGCAGCUGGCCAACGGAUGAUCACUUCGCUGUUGCAGAAUGAAGCCAUACAUGCUUGCGCAGUGGCCGGAUCAACGGGCGCGUCGGACACUCCUUGGCUUGCGCAGGCGCUCGCAGGGGCACGAAUUGAUGCUGUCGUGCCACCGCUUGGCGAAAAGGCUCGGCUGUUGGAUGGUGCAGAGCUGAGGGUUGAAGGGACUGGAAGCAGCGCUAGCAGUGUCCGUCAAAGGACUGCAUCGCACGUAUCAAACCUGGACUCGCCCAAUCUGGGUCUCAAGGCGCCGCCGAGCCCGCACUCGCCCUACUUCGAGUCGAGUCAGGAUAGCGCGUUCGGGGGCCAGUCUGCUCUUGGGCGACGGAAGAGUGCAGCGAGCCUUGCAGGGGGCUCUUCUGUCGCCCGUGCAACCCUGCGCAACGGUUUCGGAGUAGAGAUCGCGGUUUCCAGCCUAUCUGUACUGGCUGUACCUGCAGCAGCGGGAGGCGCCGGCCUCGAGGCUUUGCAACUCGGAGAAAUCAAAACUUCGAAGAGGUGGGAAGGGCUGGUACUUCCGCCAGGAGGGUCGCCCGUCAAUGCCAGUCUGCCUUUCCAAAUCAAUCGCGACCCUGUCGCGCUAGUCACAAUUAUGCGACGCUCAGCACAGAGCAGGGGCGUGGACAUCGGCGACUCUCUCGAAGAGCUGUUCGAAGAGCUCACGAUGAAUGGAGGCAAGACGCCUCACGCGUCGGCACGAAAUUCGAAGGAUCUCUCCGCGGGCGGACACGCAAGUGGCGAAGAGGACCCCUCGAAAGACCUCGCCUCGCUCCUAGCUCGCGCUUUAGCAGACUUGCGCGUGACUGCCCAUGUGGAAGCGACUGCGAUGCUUGGGCAAUAUCGACUGCCAGGUACUCUGCGAUUCACGCAGCACAGCUUACCUAUUGCGCUCAGUCACACGACCUCGGCUGCCCUACUGCCUGAUGUUGGCGCCCCAUUCGUCAAGACAUUGGUGGACCGAGCUGAGGUCAAGCUGAACGGCAUCGACGUGCACGACAUGGAUGAGGACGGUAUCAUGCUGAGCACAGGCCUCCGCCUCACAAACUUUGGUCCACUCGCUGCUAGCAUUUUGUUCAAUGGCCCAGCCGAGCUCUUCACUGUAGCUGGGGAGCAGAAUGGAGCGAGCGGCGGCUUGAAGCCCGGCCAGUCGAAGAACAGGGUGGCGCGAUUGCACAUCCUCGAUCGAGUCGAUGUCAAUCCAAAGCUACUCCAGUCUGUCAAAACCAAUGCUCGCAUCUCGCAACCUGGAGGAGCUGGCGGGACCGAAGCUUUCGCCUCCUUCGUGAGAGCUUUCUUGCUCGAGAGCUCCACCGAGUUCGAGCUCGUCGCAAAAGUUUUGGUCACCGCUGGUGGCAUUGACUUUCAAGCCACGCUGCAGAAGCGCAUCGUUCUGCAGGGUCUAGGAGGCUUUCAAGGUCUGCGCGUGGAGAACUUUUCCGUCCUUGGCGAAGCAUUUGCUCCCGCCGUAGGUGGUAGUCUCACCCAUGCCGCGGCUCCAACUGAAAACACGCGAUCGGGACGUGGAGCUCUACAGGUCUGCGCCUCAGUUGUGCUUCCCAAUCCGAGCGACAUCUCUUUGACUCUCUCCAGGCUCGAACUUGCUCUCACGUACCAGGGCGCUGGCAUAGGUCAGCUGGCUAUCGAAGACAUCAUCAUGGAGGCUUACGCCGAGACGCAACUCGAAGCGCGGGGUCUGGUCUACAUCGAGAGCGCAAAUUACGAAGAGAGCCUCCAAAAGCUUGGAGAGAUGAUCAACGCGCUGCUACUGGGCAAGGAAGUCAAGCUGGGCAUACAAGGAGAAAGAGCGUGGGUGCAGCCUUCCAAGCAAAGCGGCUCGAGCGGCAACAUCGUAUCGCUGGCUGCGCCUGCAGCGAGGCCUCGGGCUGGUACCACGUCCGAGCCCAGCAGAAUCCCAUGGCUGGAUGCCGCGCUUCGUGGCUUCAGAGCCGAGGCGCCCGUUCGACAGCCUCCUCUAAAGAUCGUCGAUCAAGUCAGCGUUGGUCAUAUUGACGCAUCCUUUCCCCGAGGCGGCUCGCCUGUCAUCUCGACGACGAAUAUCGCAGUGAAGUAUAGCGUGCCUGGGUAUCCGAUUGGUGUCAAGGUGCUGUCCGCUUCAGCAGACGUCGAGCUCGUGUUCAACGGCGUCGUGGUCGGUAGAGCCAAGACAGCAGAUGGCACCAUCUCGGAGGCCAAAGAAUCGAACUCGGACGAAGGCGCUAGCGGUAGCUUCAAGCUCACGCUGGAAAGCUUCGAACUGCACACCAAGGAUGAAGCGACGAUGUCCGAGCUCGUAUUCCACAUGUUCGAAGCUGGACCGGAAGGUACCAAGCGCAUCAGUCUUCGAGGUCGCGCCAGCAUCAGAGCGUACACCUGCAUCGGUGAAUUGCCACUUACUGUCGAGCUCGGCCAAGAACACCUCAUCAGUAUUGCCGGCUUCAAUGGUCUGCAAAGCAGUCCAGUUCAAUACUCUGGGUUCGAGAUCAAGGAUGCGUGCGCCGAAUACUUGGAGGUCCGCUUCAAUCUCUUCCUCAACAAUCCCUCGCAAGUUCAUCUGCGUCUCCCGGACUCUGGACUCUCGAUGGGCGUAUAUUUCCGAGAUACCUACGUUGGGCGAGCGCUGGUCUCAGAGACUUCGUUCGAUUUGCCUACCGGCCCUGUGGCCGUUCAGAAUGUGGAGUUCAGGUAUGCGCCUUCUGAGGAAGGCCCAGUCAGGGCCAUCCCUUCGAAUAUUCUGAGUGGCAAGCAGUCUGUUUUGCAGGUCAAGGGCGACCGGCAAAGUGUGCAGAUACCCGUGCUCGUGCCUGCCAUCGAGCACAUUCGCUUGGAAUUUGCCCUCAAACCUGUGCUCAACGAGCUGCUGGAGAGUAUCAGCGUGCACAUCACUCCGACGGUGCUGACGCACUCCACUAUCGAAACGGCGUACAUCAUCAAGAAUCCCCUAGGGGUGUCGAUCGACCUCCUCUCCUUGAGCUUCGCUGCGCACUUCAAGUCAAAGCCUUUCGGCAGCGCCUCCAGGGACAUGUCCAAGGCUCCUCUACGCAUCGCACCGGGAACUUCGCGUAAUCCGGGCAAGCAGCAGGGCAAGAUCGACUGCAGACUUGCUCAGAGCUUGGACAAGAUCGUCAAGACCUUCUUGCAAGAGAGGGGAACACUAGUCCUGGAUGUCGAGGUCGAGGCCCGUGUGAGCCUGAAUGGCUUCGUCAUUCCCACCUUUGAGUACUCUCAACGGCUGCCUUUGCACGUCGACGGACUUGGCGGCGUCAGCCGUAUUCUUGGAAUGAUCGGAUGAACAGAGCAGCGCUCUGCUGCAGGCCUCUGCAUCAAAUACCUCCAGAUGCAUCGCUUUCCCCGUGCCCUCGUCUUUCCGCAUACCGCAUCUCGUCUCUGAGAGACAUCACUCUCCUUCUGUAUACCCGCGUACUUCGUAGUCAUCAACCUAGAUACCAAGCUGGCG